AUGGAGAGUCUUCCCUCCACAGAGAAGGUCAGAGUUUGGCAAGGUGAGAUCAGUGGCAGAAUUCUUUGGGAAUUUGUCCUAAGAUCAUUACCCGCAAUUCAUAUUCACAAGCUGUGGAAAAGUUUAAUUGAUGAUAGAAUUUCAUCAACAGGUCGCCACCAUGAUCUUCAGUGUGGACAUGCUUUUUGUGAACUGUGCUUGUUAGUAACUGAAGAAUACAGCACAGUUAAAUGUCCUGAUUGUGAGGUUGCUACAACAGUAAAUACAAGACAAGGAUACUACCCAACAGACGGUAGUAAAGAAGAUUCUUCUAUGGACAAAGUACAACCCAAAAUGCUAAAGAAUUGCUCUCCAGACAUAAAGAAGGCCGAUAAUCAGCUAAAUAUUGGUGUAGAACAAUCAGCCUCCAUACAAAAGACUUUUUUGAACUCAGCCAUGAUAUCGGAAACUAAAACUACAGAAGAAAUUGAUGAAGCAUUGAAAAUUGCAGGCUGUAAUUUUGAGCAAUUAAAUAUUUCUAUAAAAGUACUUGAACAAACACAAAGCCAAACAAAGAAGGAGACCAAUCAUCUUAUCGAGGUUGUUGAGAAACAGUUUGAUAAGCUUUUUGCUUCUCUUGAUUCUAGGAAAAAGAUCUUGUGUGAAGAACUUGUAAGAACUACAGAUGAUUAUUUAUCAAAUUUAGUAUUGACUAAAAACUACCUUGAAGAGAAAAAAAAUGAUUUGGAUGCAGCUAUGAAAAUAGCAAGAGAAUUGAAAUCAGCACCUUCUCUGAGAACAUACUGUGACCUCACUCAGAUUAUUCGAACUCUGAAGUUAACGUUUGAGAGUGAAUUAUCACAAGUCAAUUCUCUUAAGCCAAGGAACCCUCCCAGGUUGAAUAUGAAUUGCAGUGAAAUUAUCUGCAUGUUCAGUAAUAUGGGAAAAAUUGAAUUUGAGGCCCCAACAAAAUAUUUUCACCAAGAAAAUGAAGUUUGAGAAUAGUCAAAAGAAAUUAAUAAAAAUGGACCUUGUGAUACCUACUCAUCACACUAGAAAGGGAAAAAAACUGACAUGUCUAUCCUUAGCAGGGAUGCCUCUACACUUCCUUUGCAAAUGGAGACCAGUGACAUAUAUCCAGAAGAGAAAAACAUUCCACCACAGGAAGAAAUGGUCACAGUGACAUCUCCCAAAACAGUUGCUGUGCUCCCUCUAAUAGGAUCUACCCCUGAUGUCAUAAUUGAAGAAAUCAUUGAAGAAAAUAUAGAAUCAUGCUUCACAGAUAAUUUUGUGGAGACUAAUAGCUAUUCAAAAGAGCCUCACUGGAAAGAGUCACCUAUUCCUGUUGGAUCCAAAGCAGGUUAUCCUGAGCUAGUUUUUGUAAGCCAUGUAAUAAAUCCUUGCCACUUCUACAUUCGGAAGUAUUCACAAAUAAAAGAUGCAACAGUAUUGGAAAAGAAAGUGAAUCAAAUCUGCACUACAAGUUUACACCUUGAUCCUUCUGAUAUCUUGGAGCUAGGUGCAAGAAUAUUUGUCAACAGUAUUGAAAAUGGAAUGUGGUGUCGAGGAACUAUCACUGAAUUAAUUCCAAUAAAAAGUAAAAAUACUAGAAAACCUUGUAGUCCAACCAAGUUCUCAGUUCACGAAGUUGCACUAAUACAAAUAUUCAUGGUAGAUUUUGGAAAUUCUGAAGUCCUAAUUGUCAGAGGAGUUGGUGAUACCUAUAUGAGACCAGAACAUGUUACUGCACAGCAUAUGACAGUAAAUGAUUUGUGUCUGGCUCUCAGGAAAUAUGAGCUGUACAAUGAAGAGCUGUUGAAAGACAUCCCACCCUUAGCACACGCAUGCUCCUUGAAAGAUAUUGUUCCACAGAAUUCAAUAGAGAACUUCGAUUUUUUGUUUCUAUUGAAGACAGUUGAGGAAUUCUAUAAAGGUGAAGAUGGGGAAAGUCUGGAAAUCCUUUGUCCAGUUCAAGAUCAAGCCUGUGUAGCUAAAUUUGAAGAUGGAGUUUGGUACCGAGCAAAAGUUACUGGACUGCCUGGACAUCGGGAAGUUGAAGUUAAAUAUGUAGACUUUGGAAAUACUGCAAAAAUAACCGUUAGAGAGAUGCGUAAAAUAAAGGAUGAGUUUCUGAAUACUCCAGAGAAGGCAAUUAAAUGUAAGCUGGCAUACAUUGAGCCAUGUAAAAGAACAGCACAGUGGUCCAAAAAAGCUAAAGAAAAAUUUGAAGAAAAGACUCAAGAUAAAUUUAUGACAUGCUCAGUUAUUAAAAUUCUAGAAGAUAAUGUGCUGUUAGUUGAGCUUUUUAAUUCUUGCUGUGCUCCUGGGAUGAUUCCUACUAGUAUUAAUGACCAACUUGUCAAAGAAGGGCUAGCAUCUUACGAAGCAGGUUAUACCCUCAAAGAUAACUCUAAAAAGCAUACUGAAGUAUGGGAUCCUUCUCCAGAAGAAAUUAUUUCAAAUGAAGUAAACAACUUAAAUCCUGUGCCUGUAAAAUCUCUACCUAAUGAAAAUUUCCAGUCAUUCUAUAAUAAGGAACUGCCCGUGCAUAUCUGUAAUGUAGUAUCUCCUGAGAAGAUUUAUGUUCAAUGGCUACUCACAGAAAACUUACUUAAUAGUUUAGAAGAAAAGAUGACAGCUACUUACAAAAACUCAGAAUGGGAACCUACUAAAUGGGAAAGUGAUAUGCAUUGUGCUGUUAAGGUCCCAGAUAAAAAUCAGUGGCGAAGAGGCCAGAUCAUCAGAAUGGUGACAGACACACUGGUGGAGGUCUUGCUGUAUGAUGUGGGGGUUGAACUAGUAGUGAAUAUUAACUGUUUAAGAGAACUUAAAGAAGAUCUCAAGACAAUGGGAAGAUUAUCUUUGGAGUGCUCUCUUGUUGAUAUAAGACCAACUGGUGGGAGUGACAAGUGGACAGCUACUGCUUGUGAUUGUCUUUCUUUGUACCUCACUGGAGCCAUAGCGACUAUAAUCUUACAGGAAAACCACACAACAUGGCCAUUACCUGUGAAAAUUUACUGUAGAGAUGAAAAAGGAGAUCGAGUUGAUGUUUCUAAAUACUUGAUUAAAAAGGGUUUGGCUUUAAGAGAGAGAAGAACUAACAAAUCAGAUCACAACCGUUCAUCUGAGAAGUCUCUAGAAACGCCUCUGGAACAAGGAGACUUCAUCAUUCCUGAGUGUAAUAAAUUUAACACUGACAAAAAAGCUGCUGAUACAAUCAAUGAACUAAAGAUAUCUGAAGUGAAAGAAAAAAUGCCAGAAACAAGAAUCACUGGAUGCUAUAAACCACCAGCUAUUCCUAACAUGGACGUAUUUGAGGCAAUAGUCACUUGCAUUGGUGAUGAUGGAACUAUAUUUGUGGUCCCUAAAUCAUCAGAAUUUGAACUAGUCAAAAUGAUGAAUGAAAUUCAGAGUAACUUAAAGUGCCUUGGCCUUUUGGAGCCUUACUGCUGGAAGAAAGGAGAGCCGUGUGCAGUCCGAGGAUCAGAUACUAUGUGGUACCGAGGCAGGGUGAUGGAAGUGCUCGGCGGCACUGUCAGGGUACAAUACUUAGAUCAUGGAUUCACUGAGAAGAUUCCACAGUGUCACCUCUAUCCUAUUUUGUUGUAUCCUGACACGCCCCAGUUUUGUAUUCCUUGUCGGCUCUUUUUGACUGUACCCGUUGGGAAUGUCUGGCAGCCUGAUGCAAUAGAGCUUCUUCAGGAACUACUUUCGAAGAGAGAGGUGGACAUCCAUGUUGUGGAAUUGCCUGAAAACCCAUGGAAGGAGUUGUCUGUUCAUCUCUAUUUUGGUGGAAUGUCACUUUCCCACUUCAUGGCACUCCAUAAAUACUGCACUUUUGAACAUUCUGAAGAGAUAUUUAAAGAAAAACCCACAGAAUACAAUACAAAGUAUGAGGAGGAAAAAUGGGAAAUAAAAUUUGAGGAACUGCUUUUGUCUGAGACAGAGACUUCUGUUUUAUCACCGUUCUUGUCUUCAUCACUGCCUCCCCCAGAAGAACUGUAUCCCGUGCAAGUGAAGCACGUCGUGUCGCCUAAUGAAGUCUAUAUUUGCCUCGAUUCUGCAGAAACUUAUAAUCAGUUAAGCCAUUGUAAUGACAGAGGACUCAAUGGGGAAUCGAAAUCAGAGAGCCUGGAAGAAGCACUGUGGAGGUUUAAUAAGAGUGUGGAGACCUUUGCUCCUCUGACAGAUUUUAGAACAGACAUGCCUUGCCUUGCAAAAUAUACAGAUGGUUUAUGGUAUAGAGCAAAGAUUGUUUCCAUUAAGGAAUUUAAUCCUUUAUCUGUCUUGGUGCAGUUUGUUGAUUAUGGAUCAACUGAAAAGUUGUCAGUAAACAGAAUGCGUCAGAUUCCUCAUCAUCUUAUGCAGUACCCAGCACGAGCCAUAAAGGUUCUCUUGGCAGGGUUUAAACCUCCUUUAAGGGACUCUGGGAAGACAAGAAUACCGUAUUGUCCCAAGUGGAGCAUGGAGGCACUGUGGGCUAUGAUAGACUGUCUUCAAGGAAAACGACUUUAUGCUUCCUCCAUGGCUCAAGCUCCAGAACCAACAGUGACAUUAUAUGAAGAUGAGCAGUACCCAGUUCAUCUGGCAUUAGUAGAAAUGGGGCUCGCAGACACAGAUGAUGCAUACAGCGCAGAGCACAUGUAGCAGCCCGGAAGAA